CAAAGAUAAAUCUUAUUUACAAAAAUCCUGAGGUAAUCGAAAAGAUAAGUAUUACCAGCCUAUAAAAGCAGAUUACCUAUUUAAAUUUUUUGGUUAUCAUUAUCAACAUGAAAUUGUUACUAUGCUGUUGUUUAUUAGUCAUAAGUACGCUGGCUGACGACUAUGCCGUUAGUACCAGAAGAUUCCCAAAAAACUUUAAAUGGGGUACUGCUUCAGCUGCCUAUCAAGUCGAAGGAGGAUGGAAUGCUGAUGGUAAAGGAGAAAAUGUUUGGGACACUUACACGCAUUUGUAUCCAGAAAAAUCCAAUUACCAAAAUGGCGAUGUAACGUCCGAUCAUUACAAUAAAUGGCAAGAAGAUGUUGACUUAUUAGCAGGUUUAGGAGUUAACACUUAUCGUUUUUCUAUUGCUUGGUCCAGAGUAUUGCCAACAGGUUUUGUCAAUUCCUCCAACCCUGGUGGGAUUGCUUUCUAUAAGAAUCUAAUAGCAGCUCUUAAAGAAAAAAACAUUGAACCCUUAGUUACCAUGCACCAUUGGGACUUACCAACUAAUCUUGAAAAUCUUGGUGGUUUCUUAAAUCCUGCAAUUCAAGAAUGGUUUUUGGAUUAUGCUAGAUUUUUAUUUGAAACAUUUGGAGACGAUGUGAAAAAUUGGGUUACAUUUAACGAGCCUAAACAAACUUGCGAACAAGGAUAUGGAAUUGGUAUUUUGGCUCCCUACAUCGUCGGUCCUGGAGUUAAAAAUUACCAGUGCGGUCAUAAUCUUCUUAUUGCCCAUGGAAAAGCUUAUAGAAUGUAUGAAAAUGAGUUUAAGGGAAAACAAGGAGGUCGUGUUACCAUGGUGGUUGACAGUAACUGGUUUGAACCAGCUUCAGACAGCGCCGACGACAUUGGAGCUGCUGAAACGAACUUACUUUUUACUUAUGGCUGGUUUGCUCAUCCAAUCAAUUUUGGAGACUAUCCAGAUAUAAUGAAGCAAAGAAUCGCCUAUCGAUCUAAAUUGGAAGGCUUUAAUAAAUCUCGUCUUCCAAGUUUUACUGAGAAAGAGAAAGAGAUUCUCAGAGGGACUGCUGAUUUUAUGUGUGUGAAUAUUUAUACUUCUUCUAUGGUCAGCGCUAUACCUGAACCAGAAAUCAUACCUCUUAGUCCUACAAGAGAUUUGGAUAUUGGAACAAAUGCAUAUCAACCAGAUGACUGGGAAGCUACAAUAACUGAUUGGUUUAAGGUUGUCCCAUGGGGUGCAAGAAAGCUCCUGAAUUGGAUCGACGUCACAUAUAAUCACCCAGAAAUUAUUGUUACUGAAAAUGGAUACCACGACAAUGGAACUGUAAUUCAUGAUUUGGAUACUAGAGGCCGUUAUUACAAGUUGUAUCUAAGUAACAUGCAAGACGCUCUAUAUAAAGAUGGAGUUAACCUUACUGGUUAUAUGGCUUGGGCUUUAACUGAUGAUUUCGAAUGGCAAUAUGGAUAUUCCAUUCAAUUGGGUUUGUACCAAAUUGACUUCACGGAUCCAGAUAGGCCAAGGACACCCAAAGACUCAGCGGGCUAUUAUAGACAAGUAGUUACGACCAGAUGUUUGGUGGACGAUGAUCAAUGUACGGAUUAAGAUUAAUUGUCAAAAGUUUUAAUAAAUAAAAAUAACAUAGUUUUCUGUUUUGUUAUAAUA